AUGAGCUACACGCACGCGCGGGCCGUGGGCAAAGGGAGAGUGACGGACUCUGUAAGGAGGCAGGAAGGAGAUUUGGGAUGCUGGGGAAGGAAGGGGAUUUGGGGUCCCGGGAGGCAUGAGGAAGGAAGGAGUUUGCUUCCUGAGGUCCCUGGGUCCUGGGGUGGAGGCGAGAACCGCCUGCUCCUUUGGUUCAGUAACGAAUCGGGGGUGUUGCCAGGGCCCCACACGCUGCAGGUGGCCCUGGGCUGCGCGGUGGGGGCGGACAACAGCACCAGUGGCUUCUGGAAAUACGGCUACGACGGCGAGGACCACCUCGAGUUCCGCCCCGAGACGCUGAGCUGGAGAGCCGCGGAGCCCGGGGCCUGGGCCACCAAGAUGGAGUGGGAAGAGAACGCGAUCCGGGCCCGGCAGAACCGGGCCUACCUGGAGAGUGAUUUAUUUAAUAUUUUUAUUGAUUUCAGAGAGGAAGGGAGAGGGAGUGUGGCCUCGGCAGCGACCACUCUGCGGUGUCAGGCUCUGAGCUUCUACCCCCCCGACGUCACCAUGACGUGGCUGAAGGACCGGCAGCCCCUGGACGCCAAGGAUGCGGAGCCCAGGGACCUGCUGCCCAACGGGGACGGGACCUACCAGGCCCGGGUGGCCCUGGCCGUGCCCUCCGGGGAGGAGCGGAGAUAUGCCUGCCAGGUGCAGCACCCCGGCCUGGAGCAACCCCUCGCUGCCGCCUGGGAGUCCUCGAUGUCGGGCGCCCUGGUGUUUGGCGUCAUCUGCGGGACCCUCAUGGGUGUCGUCAUUGUCAUCUUCUUCACUGGGGUUUUGUUCAGAUUCCUGCGGAGGAGGCGGGCUUCCCGAGGCACCCUGGGGAGCUAUGUCCUCGCCGACCGUGAAUGAGGUGCAGCCUGCAGACUCCGCGGGAAGGAGCCGGUCGGAGACUCAGAGCGGGCGCCCGGGUGACCUUGGUGCUGGAGGACAGAGCUGCACCCGCAGAUGGGAGCCGGCCCAGGAACCCCUGCUCUCUGCCGUCCCCCAUUUAGGUUUUGGGUUCCUACCUGCCGACACCCCGCGGCGACUGCUCUGAGAGCUGGCUCUGGAUCCCAGGCUGCAGGGAGAGCCUGCCUCGGUUCCCGCCCCCUGCGACUCCACGCGCCGGCUCAUCUCAGCUCCUCCCUCCGCAGCGAGGCUGCUGAAGUUUGCUGGACUCGGGAUUCUCUGGAAGCUGCGAGACAAGCCUGCAGCUUCUCUCAGGGCAUCCGUCCUCCUACCGCGAAUGUGCGCAGGUGCACGCACUUCCCGGAUCCGUUUCCUUUUGAUCCUCCCCGUCUCUGUCCUCCAGUGGCCCUUCUGUCCCUGCCCUGUGGUCUCCUCUAUGGAGAGGACCUGGGUCCUUACACUGGCCCUUGACCCCGAAUCAAACACGCGACACUUUGGUGCAAGGGCUGACUAACCACUCAACCACACUGGCCAGGGCCGGCCUGUGCUUUCUUGCUGCUGCUGCAUAUAUUUGGUUGCAAAGCUGUGGCAUGAGGCCUUCUGUCUCAGGGGGCAGGUGCCUCACGAGACCAAAUAUAGCUCAAAAGUGUGCUGGUAGGUACUGAAAUUGGGCAAAGAGAUCUCAACUACUUUUUCAAUUGGAUAAAGAUACAUGUAACAUGUGCUUGCUAUAGAAACGUUGAAAAGGAAUUAACUUGGAACUAUCAUUCCACUAGCCAAUGAUAAACUCUAUGAAUAAUGUGUGCUCCUCAGUCUUAUUGCUGUAUGAAAAUAUAAAAGGCAUCCAAUGCACAUAUUUUAAUAAAUGCAUGAUGAAUUGUGUUGA